CUUUUUUUAAAUAAAAAAACUACUCCUAUAUCAAUAUCAUACAACUAUUAUCACAAUAUCAAUUUUUCUUUAUCCUUUCAUUUUCUAGAGAAAUUGACGACAACUACACAAGGCGCCAUGGGAGUAGCAGCUCAAGUUAAUCAAAUGUGGUUCAAUCUCAUGAUCGUCCUCUUCUUCAUCUCUAUUUCUUCUAUUUCUGCUGAAGAUUGUGUUUACACAGCUUACAUUCGCACUGGUUCAAUCAUAAAAGCUGGUACCGAUUCAAACAUUUCGUUGACUCUCUACGAUGCCAAUGGCUAUGGACUUCGAAUCAAAAACAUAGAGGCCUGGGGUGGACUUAUGGGUCCAGGUUACAACUACUUUGAAAGAGGAAACUUGGAUAUCUUCAGUGGGAAAGGUCCUUGUGUGAAUGGACCGAUCUGUAAAAUGAAUUUGACUUCAGAUGGUACUGGACCACACCAUGGAUGGUACUGUAACUACGUGGAAGUCACCGUUACCGGAGCACACAAACAAUGCAACCAGCAGUUGUUCACCGUGGAUCAGUGGCUGGGCACUGAUGUUUCGCCGUAUAAGCUAACGGCCAUCAGGAAUAACUGUAAGAACAAGUAUGAGUCCGGUGAGCAAAAGCCCCUUUAUGAUUCUGAAUCAUAUUCGAUAGUUGAUGUAAUUUAAUUGGGCCCAGAAUAUCUGUUUGAUUUUCUUCUCUCUCUUAGUGAGUUGGAAAAAAUAGGCGUGAAUUUGGUGAUGAUUAAGGCAUGUGUUUGCUGUCAUGGACAUUUUGAAUAACUCAAUAAAGAAUCUGUCCUCUUUCUCUGUCUUUCCUAA